UCCCAGGAGGCCGAGCGGGUGCUGAGCGCCGCCUACGAUUUGGGGGUGACGCUGUUCGACACCUCCGAGGCCUCGGCCAGGGUGGAGAAGCUGCUGGGGCGGAUCCUGAGGAGCAAAGGAUGGAGGCGCUCCAGUUACGUCAUCACCGCGCGCGUCCACUGGGGGGCGCCACCCGACCGGGGCCUCUCCAGGAAGAAUCUGCUGGAAGGCCUCCGGGGCUCCCUGCGCCGCCUCCAGCUCGAUUACGUCGACGUCGUCUUCGCCGGGCCCCGCCCUGGCCCCGCCCACAACGAGGGAACGGACCCGACCCUGCGGCUGCUGCGCCUGGAAGAGUUGGUUCGCGCCAUGAGUGACGUCAUCGAGCAGGGCCUGGCGCUCUACUGGGGCACGGCCGGGGGCGCUCCCGGUGACGUCAUGGACACGUUCGCGGUCGCGCGGCAGCUGAACCUGGCGGCGCCCGUGUGCCAGUGGGCGGAGCUUCCGCCCGAGCCACGCCUCUUCCGGCUCCUCGGCCUCGGCGCUGUCACCUGGGCCCCGCCCGGCCCGGCCCCCACUGAGGAGACCCCCGGGAGCGGCGCGGCCGAGGGCCGCUCCCCGCCGGCUCCGGGGUCGCUGCAGCCGCUGGCGCGGAGGUUGGGCUGCUCCGAGAGACAGCUCGGCAUCGCGUGGUCCCUGCGCCUCGAGGGCGUCAGCUCGGUGCUGCUGGCGGCCGAGACCCCGCGGGGGCUGCGGGAGCUGAUCCAGGCCCUGCAGGUCCUGCCCCGCCUCGGCCCCGCCGCCCUGCGCGAGCUCGAGCCCAUCCUGGGGGGCGGGGCCUCGCCCUGACCCCGCCCCCUCCGCCGCCUCCCAUUGGCUGCUCCCGCAUGGCCCCGCCCCCCUCCGCGCGCGCCUCGGCCCCGCCCAAUCGGGGCGGAGUCUCCGACAGCAAUAACCCCGCCCCCCCAAAAUGGGGGCGGGGCCAAUCAAAGCACAAACCCCGCCCCUAUUCAUAACCUUGACCAAUCGCAGCGCUUCCAGCGGGGGGGUGUGGCCUGAUAGGCCACGCCCCCUCCCGCCCUUCCCCCGCUGUGGGGGGAGGGGAAUAAAGUGGCU